CCAGCGUUGCCUCGGCUCUCUCACACACCUCUACCCUCGUACAUCUCGUAUACCGCAUCACUGCACGAUUCUGACCAUCAUAGCCACUGGAAGACCGGAGACAACACACAACACAGCAGCGCAACACGGCUGUCUACACCAGCAGACGCACCUCCCAAGCCUUUGGAUACACUUGCGGGACCACGGAGAAAGAAGAUUGAGCAAUAAGCAUCGGCCACAUUUAGGUAUAUCAGACGAUAUCUCUCUCACUGCGACUUCCUCGACACAUAUUGACGCGUAAACCGCGUGAAUCUCACCUCACAACACCACCUGACUAUCUUCCCGCGCACGCGUACCCACAACAAUGGCCACAACGACCAUCCGCCGCAAACCACUUCAUACGUACAAAUCUCCUUCCUUUGGCACUUCCGCAGCUAUCGUGGCCCCAGUUGUGCGUGCGCCCCCAAAGGCUGCGCCGGUCACUGUACACACACAAUCAGCCACGUUCACCAACGCAACGCACUCAAAGGUCGUAUACGAGGAGGUGAUGAUGCGCAGGAAGCUUCCGAAAGGCCCGCCGCUGCCGCUCUACCACCCCUUUGGACCCCUUGCGCUCUCGCUCCCGAAGCUCGACCCCGCGGACUUCGGCUUGCCAAAUCCGCUCACCGUGGACGUCUCCGUAGAAGAAUCCCAACAGGCCGAAAACGGCAGACGCUCAUCCUCGCGUGCGCGCCGGCCCGCUGCCAAAGUGCGCGACGCCGCAGAAGAAGAGGAGCAGCCUGCGAUUCCCGUUGCAGUGAGUGCGCCUGUGACCGCCGCGCGGCCGACCAGCCCGCGCAAGAGACGUGCUGCAGGCGGUUCGGGCGGCGCAAAGCGCAAGAGAAAGCAGGACACGGAGGACGCGGACGGCGUGUUCCCGCCGCCUGCCAAGCGCACGCGCCUCCCUCGCGGGGCAGCGAACGCACCUGCGGUGGGGUCGCCGCUCGCGGCCGAAGCCGUCGCCGCGCCGGUCGAAGAGGACGAGGUUAUGGCACCCCCAGCUGAAGAAGCCAAGGUGGAGGACCAGCCCGAAGAGAGAGCUGAGGACGACAAACCCGAGGAGAAGGCAGAGGAAACGACUCCGCCUGCUCCGGAGCCGAAGCGCCCCGCACGAGUGCGGAAACCCCGUGCGUCGACCGGCAAGAGACGCAACUCGAGCGCAAGCGCGUCCACGAACACUUCCGCGUCUGUCUCUAUUGCAAACACCCGCCAGACACGCAGUAGGAAGCGCGCGGCUUCAGGCGGCAGCAACGAGGAGAAGAAGGACGGUGAGGGCCCGAGUCAAAGCGCUUCACCUCCCGCUGGAAAGGCAUCGACUCCGCCCACUGAGCCCGCCGAGGCUGUCGACGCCAAGGAGCCCGAGUCAGAGAAGACUCUUGUGGCAGAGGACGAGAAGAUGGACGUCGCCCCUCUGGAGCCCGAGCGUGAGCCUGCCCUCACGCCCAUACCCGCGUCUGAGCCUAUUUCAACUCCGACACCUCCCCCCGCUGAGCCCGAGAAAGAGGAGAAGGAAGAAGGAGAGCUUAGCGACGAGUUGCUCGAGCGGCGCACGCCACCUGCCCCACGAAAGAGAUAGAUCCCUCCUUCUCACAGUUAAGGUCAGUACUUUCAUAUCAAGUCUUGUAUAUAUACGUCUCGCCCGUCAUCGUCCCCGUCCGUCCCAUCUCGUUCCGUUUGAUCGCUUAUUCUGGCUGCAUCCUACUCCCGUUAUCCCCUGUACAACUACAACUCCACAGUCCUCAUCGCGCUAUCUCGCCGCUUUCCCAGUCCAUUGCUGUCCUGCACGCUUCAGAGCCGCAUGUACGAAUAACCCAGACCCGCUCUUCGUCCUCCUGUACGUGUUACCUCGCGAUCAAUUCACAUCCUUUCUGUCGG